AUGGAUUCUACAAACCCAACUCAAACCUCAACUUCAACAACCACAACUAUUCCAUCGACAGAUGUAAUAGUCGAUAUAAAUGUCCAAAAAUCAUUGGAAAAAAAACAACAAGAACAAGAACAUAAUAAUCAACAAAUUAUUUCUGACCCACUAGGAACUAUUUCUCCCCAAUUGAACUCAUCAUAUACAGACUCGCCAGAUAUAUCUCUCUCCAAUGCAAAUGGAACUGCCAGUAGCAGUGUAAGAAGUUUAAGUAGCGACAAUAUACUUUUAGACUCUUCAUCUCCUACCCGUGCCACCUCUUGCGGAAGCUUGACAUCAUCAACAUCAAACGAACCAAUCCAACAACAAAAACAACAACCACCACGAACCCAACCAGUCAUUGUCAGCCAUGGCACAUCAAACAAUAAUAAUUUCGACGAAGGCUCAACCAUAUUCUAUAUUAGUAAGAAUCCAGCCCCACGUCCAUCCGUAUCGCCCAUUGAACUCUCACCCACCUCGACAAGCACCAUUUCCACGCCAUCCCCAAAGACCAAAGUAAAAAAGAUACGCAAACCUCGUAGAAAGAGCAUGAGACCCAAAUUCAAUAUACAUGCACCCCUCGUUAUUUCAAUUAUCCAAAUGACUAUUGGACUCGCACUCGUCUUCCCAUUGGUCGUCGGUGUUUUAAUCAGACACAUUGCAUUGUUAAUGUAUGGAGGAUAUGGAAUUCUCCUUGCAUUAUCCUCUGUCGUCGCUAUUUAUGGAACUGUUACUAUUGGAUUGAUGGCCAAGUACCAAUAUAUCGAUUUGGUUAAAAACUGGCAAUCUAGUAUCGCCAUCAUUGCUUGCAUUGGUGUCGUUGCUCUUGUAUGGGCUAUUGCUUGCCUCGUUUGGAUCAAUCCAUUGAUAACCGACAUGUUGAAUGCCAGAUCAAACAAAUUGUCCGAUACCACAGAAACUGAAGAAAAGGAUAUUCAAUCCAUUGUAAACGAUACUCAUGACCUUGAAAAGCUCACUCAAACUGCUAGACCACAAUAUGGUGUAGCAUUACCAGAAAACCCAAUCAUUAUUGCAAUAAGAAAAUUCAACAAAGAUCCAGAUAAAGCAUUAAAUUAUUUAAAAGCUCAAAAUAUUGUACCGAGUGGUAAUCUAAUUAAUUUCUUACAUCAAGAAGAUGGUCUUGAUAAGAAAAAAAUUGGAGAGCUUUUGGGUGGAAAAUUACCAGGAGAGGCCCAACAAAUCGAUAAAAUCAUGGAAUGUUUUGCAAGCAAGUAUACUAGGGACAAUCCAAACUCUUUUGGUGAUCCAAACACAGCCUACAUUCUAGCAUUUUCAAUCAUCUUGUUGAAUACUGACGCGCACAACCCAAACAUUGUCAACAAGAUGGACAAAAAGGCAUUUAUUCGCAACUGCGAUUUCAGAAAAGACAAAAAGUUUGAAUCUGGUUAUCUCAGUUCCAUCUAUGAUAGAAUUGUCAACAAUGAAAUUAAAAUGGAUAAGGAAACUCUAUCAAACAAUGCGAUUUAUAAAGGAUGGUUAUUUAAAUUAUCAUCAAAGAGCAAGAGACAACAUAAACGUUGGUUUGUUGUCAAAAACAAUUGUUUAUACUAUUUUAAAAAUAGUCAAGAUGUUGAUGAGGAUUCACCAAGUGGAAUUAUUCCAUUGGAAUCUUUAUCAGUAAAGAGACUUUCCAAUGAUUCAUUUAUGAUUGAAGAUCCAGAAUUGAAUCAUAUCAAAUCGGUUAAAAUUACAAAGAAUGGACCAGUCCAAGGUCAUUCAACGGUUUUAAUCUUGAAAUGUACAAAAGCAAAAUACAACGACUUGGAUAAAUGGAUAGACACUAUUCGAUCAAACAUGUUGGGGGACCCAGUCCUAAUGCUCAUCAAGAAAAAGAAAGUAUUACUCGAAAAGACUCAUGCAUUUGAAGAAGAAAAUGGUUAUAAUCCUUUAGACCUUAAUCUUGGGGUUCCAUCCCAAACCAACAACAAUAAUAAUAAUCCUUUACAAAGUGAUGACGAUGAUGACCAUCACCUAAACAAUGCUGUCUUAAACUAG